AUGGGAUGGAUACCGUUUUAUCUGGUGAUGCCUCAGCAAGGUUUAGCUUGUGUGAAGCUGAGAAGUUGCUCCUCAGGGAGUAAGUUUCUUGUACUUAAUCCUACUCUUGUUGUAUGGCUAGAGGCAUCGUAUAAUUCUAUACUGACAGCAUUUGUUACUAGACAAUGGUGGGAGUUUAAGUCAAAGCAUAUGGACAAAGUUCUCUUUUUCAAGAUGGGCAAGUUUUAUGAACUUUUUGAAAUGGAUGCACAUAUAGCAGCAAAAGAACUUGGUCUGCAGUCUAUGAAGGGUGAACAACCCCAUUGUGGAUUUCCGGAGAAGAACUUCUCAAUGAAUGUGGAGAAACUUGUUAGGAAGGGGUAUCGAGUUCUGGUUGUGGAGCAGACAGAAACACCUGAACAGAUGGAUCUUCGUCGUAAAGAGGAUGGCUCUAGAGAUAAGGUAUGCUCAUCUUUCACUUGUUGUGAAAUAUGUGCAGUGGUUACAAAACGAACACUAACUGAGGGAGAGAUGGUGUCAGCAAACCCUGAUGCUUCUUAUCUAAUGGCAGUGACUGAAAAUUCUCAGAAUUUGGCAAACCAAACUGCAGAGCGCCUUUUUGGGGUGUGUGUAGUUGAUGUUGCUACCAGCUGGGUCAUUCUUGGGCAGGAAGUUAGAAGUAUAUACAGGCGCGCCAAUGAUCAAUUGGUUUAUGGUUCUCCCAAGAAUGCCAGUUUGCAUGCCAGUGAUUCUCAUUUGGAAGAAGAUGGCUAUGGUUGCCUGCCAGAAGUGUUGUCAGAGAUGAUUUGCAAUAUUUGGGUUCCAAGUUCUGGUUUUGGUGAUACUGUAUCAAAACCAUACAUGAUUCUUGACUCAGCUGCCCUAGAGAACCUUGAGAUUUUCGAGAACAACAGAAAUGGAGACUCUUCAGGAUUGCUUAGAACAUGGCUUGCAAGACCUCUAUAUCAUGCAGAGUUAAUAAAGCAACGCCACAAUGCUGUUUCAAGUCUUCGGGGAGUUAAUCUUCCUUAUGCACUUGAAUUUCGAAAAGCAAUUUCUAGGCUUCUGGACAUUGAGCGGUUGCUUGUGCAUGUCUGCUCUAGUAAAGGUCUUCCUGAUGUUAACUCAGUUCUAAAACAUUUCAAGGAUGCCUUUGAUUGGGUAGAAGCCAAUAAUUCAGGUCGUAUAAUACCUCAUGAAGGAGUCGAUAUUGAGUACGACUCUGCUUGUGAAAAAGUAAAGGAGAUAGAGUCUCAUUUAGCAAAACACCUCCAAGAACAGAGAAAGUUACUUGGAGAUAAAUCGAUCACUUAUGUCACAGUCGAAAAAGAUUCUUACCUAUUGGAAAUGCCGGAAAGUCUGUGCAGCAGUAUUCCUUCGGCUUAUGAGUUACGUUCAUCUAAAAAGGGUUUCUCGAAGUACUGGACACCAGAUAUCAAGAAGUCAUUGACAGAGCUCUCGCUAGCUGAAACUGAUAAGGAGUCCUCGCUAAAAAGCAUUUUGCCGAGGAAAGGGUCAUUUGUUUCCAACGACAUUGCCAUUGGAGGUUCUGGCCAUGCGAGCUUUAUCCUUCUCACUGAUCCUAACAUGGGUGGAAAGUCUACUCUUAUUCACCAAGUUUGCUUGGCUGUGAUUUUAGCCCAGUUAGGAGCAGAUGUUCCUGCAGGGAGCUUUGAGCUAUCUCCUGUCAACCGAAUCUUUGUACGUAUGGGUGCUAAAGAUAAUAUCAUGUCAUCAGCUACUCGUAAUUCAUUGGUGGCAUUGGAUGAACUUGGACGUGGAACAUCAACUUCAGAUGGACAAGCCAUUGUGGAGUCAGUUCUUGAACAUUUUAUCUACAAGGUCCAGUGCCGAGGAACGUUUUCUACCCAUUAUCACCGACUAGCUGUAGAUUAUCAAAAUAAUUCUAAGGUUUCACUCUGUCAUAUGGCAUGCCAAGUUGGAAAUGGAGAUGGAGGUGUGGAAGAAGUUACAUUCCUUUACAGGAUGAGUCCUGGUGCAUGCCCUAAAAGCUAUGGUGUGAACAUUUCACGGUUAGCUGGUAGGGAUCUUUGCCUUGUUUUGCUUCCUUACUAG